CACAACUUUGGUUAAAAAUGAAUUCUAAUAUUAGAGGUAAUUCUCCUUUUGUAAACUCCUCUUCUUCUUUGGAGUCAUCUGAGUUCGACGAGUGGUUAGAAGAUGAGAUUGAAGCAAUGGAUAUUGAAGAACAAAUUAUAAUCAACAUGAUAGCAAGAAACAACUAUGUAAUUCACCAUCUCCUCACCCAACAAAGCGAUCAGGCAACAAUGGCGGAAUCUCCUGAGAAAGUCAACCUGAUCCCGACCGAAGCUACAUCUGAAAACUUCGGAGAUUAUGGUCAGAUCAUCGAAGCCUCCUCAGAUGGUGUUCCUUUCGGUCCUAACGAUGCUCAGUUAGAUCUCUCCAGAGGAAUCCCACGUUUAUAUAUCAUGCGGCUCAAAGAUCAACCGUUUCGCUUCUCCAAGAUCACGCACCACGCGAGCGUGACACAGUGUCUAGGAUCAAUAGGAGGUAACGUUUGGUAUCUAGGCUUAGCUAAGCCAUCUCUUAUUGAAGAUGGUGAUAGAGAAAGAGUUGGAGAUAAUAUAGAGUCAGGAUCCGACGGUCACUUGUACGCUCCUCCUGCGGUUGAGAAAGUGCGCGUCUUCAGGUUUUCAGGACCAAAGUUUGUUAAACUGAAACGUGGUACGUGGCAUGCUGGACCGUUGUUCGGUGAGAGCUCCAUGGACUUCUACAACCUAGAGCUAGCCAACACAAAUGAUGUGGAUCAAACCACACAUGAUUUCAAGAAGAAUAAUGGGGUCACCUUCCGGUUUUGACUGACCCCAAAGAUGACUACUGCACAUCGUCCUAAGUCAAUUCCUAUAUAUGAAUAUUGAUCAGUGUGAUUCUGUUUUUUUCAUGUCUUGUAAGCAAAACAGAGUGAGAAACGUUUUUUCUUGUAUUCAAUGUUCCAAGAAAUUGUAAUCCCCCGACUAAAUUGUGCUUUUGGUUUCA